UAUUCGAAUCUGUGCAGAUUAUAAGGCGACAAUCAAUCGGGCUCUCCAGGCGAAUCCCUAUCCAGUUCCGGUGGUCCAGCACCUUCUUCAUUCCUUGGGCCGUGGUUCGAUCUUCGCAAAGCUCGACAUGGCUCAAGCAUAUCAGCAGUUGGAGGUGGACGAUGCAACUGCGGAAGCACAGACCAUCGUCACACACAGGGGAGCAUUCAAGUGUCGUCGGCUCCAAUUCGGCGUGUGCGUCGCCCCCGGCAUCUUUCAGAGCCUCAUGGAGAGGCUUUUACAUGGCUUGCCGGGAGUGAUACCAUAUUUUGAUGACAUAUUCGUGUCAGCCAUGUCCGAAGCAGAGCUUGUUAACCGCCUUCGUAUUGUAUUGUCUCGUUUCCGGCAGAAGGGACUAAAGCUUAAACUGCACAAAUGCAAGCUAGGCGUACGACAGGUCGAAUUCCUCGGGUUCCUGGUGGACGCCAAUGGUCUGCACCCAUCACCGUCGAAGAGCCGCUCCACCGACUCCUGAGAUCCCAUAUGCCGUGGGCCUGGGGACAGAAGGAGGCCAGGGCAUUUCAUGCUGUUAAGGACUUACUGUUGUCCACCCAG